AAGAUACAAACUGUCGAUUGCUUUCAAUAUGAACUCCUAACUUAUUUCAAGGAAUGGGCGCUAGACGAUGUCCUAUUAUGGCUUCAAGCUUGCAGUUUGGAUGAUGUGGCAUCUCUUCUCAUCGGUUAUGACAUUCGUGGGACGGACUUACUUACAUGGGACGACAACUGUUUAUGUACGUGCACAAUCAACCAGCCUCUUCCAAAUAUGUCAAUUGCAGCACAACUUGGAGUGACGAGCGCAUCUGUCCGAGAAAAGAUUUUGGGAGAAUUGGCAGCCAUACGACGGAAGGGUCCGGAGGAUUCGAAAGAGUCGGAGAAGAAAAACGGUCAUCGAGCCCUGUUCGAUAUUGUAAAGCAAAGCAUGGAAAGUUUACAAUCCAAAGUGCCACUUCCGAAAACUCUAGUUUAUGAAAUGGAAGAACGGCAUAAGUUCAAAAGUGUUCAUGCAACAGGUGCUUGCUGUGGAAACUCCGCUGACUACACGAGACAUCAUCGUCACCCAUGGGCGUCUUGGAUUCUUUUGGAAAUCAACGACACUCCUGGAGAGCAGUUCAAGUCGGCACUGAUGUUGACGAAAUUGAUUAGCGACUCAUAUGGGGCGCCGAUUCGUUUUGUUGUGCUUCGUAUGAAAACGCAAGACAGAAACGACGACAGUUCUGUAAGUUACUAAUU